AUGCCGACACUUGAAAUACUCAAAGAAGGACAUAACUCACUUGACAUUUCAGGAGCUUUGAGAAAUUCCCCACAAAACUUCGAAAGUCUUUCUGAUGAAGACAAAGCUGCAUUAAUGAACCAACUGGCAUCGAGCUUUGCCAAUGAUCCAAAGGCAAUGGAUCGUUUAGCUUCCAGUGCUUUAAAUAACGUAACAGCAGAUGACUUUGAUACAGUGGCUGUACAGCCACAUCCUGGUUUUGUCUGCAAGACGCAUAUCGUGAAUUCCAAAAAUCCAAAACAUCCUGUUGGAAAAGUAGUUUAUAUAAACAUAUGUCAUGCUUCUGAGAUUCCUGAACCUACAUUGGCGAGUGAAAAAGAUAUUCAAAUAGCAUUGAAUGGAGACCCUGAUUCUACUUAUCGUGUUCCUCUCAGUAUGGGCCAGGCAAGGACUGAUAAAGAUAAUGCAGGUCGUCUGAAUCUUAUAAUGGACUCAUGUUUUCACACACGAGCAUAUAUUCGAGCUGAGCGGGAUCUGGAAUAUAGGCUGUAUCUGUUAGAACUGUCGAUAGAAUACGUAGAGGAUAACGAGAAUGUGGUAUUAAGUCGAGAAUUUACUAUGCCCAAUGUAAUCUCCAAAGGACAGAUACCCAAACGGAUUCUACGUUUACCUAAACCAUCUUUCAUAUCUUCUUUAACAAUCGACAAAAAGAAAAGUGAGCUAUAUUUACCGUGGGAGUGUAAACCAAGAUUUUCAGUAUUUAAAGGCAACACCUUGAUUGUCGUUAUUCCGAUGCCUACAGUAGAUACCAUGCUGUGGACACUAGACAUUGAACCAAAUGCUCUUAUACAAACAAUACAGGGAAAAUCAUCAACAAUCACUCUUCCUCAUACAGUGGAUGUUACCCAUGUGGAUAACUCGGCCGAGUUUUAUAAGAAAAGCAAGGACCUUGUUGUUCGACUUACAAUUGUAGCUACAAGUAAAAUCAGGCAACAAUAUCUUUAG